AUGCAGCUACAAAAAACAAUAUAUUUAUUCAUAUUAUUACCAAUAAUAGUUGAAUGUUAUGCUUCGUUUCAUCGUCAUUAUCGAAGUCGUAUAAAACGUACAGCAACAGAUGAAUGUUGUGUUUCAUCUAAGCUUAAUGUCGGUGCGAAAAAAGCGAAUAAUGGCCGAAAUUUCUUUCGACAAUUAGCAACCGAAACUGAUUCGUAUAAACUGAUCAAUCCAGACAAUAUGUGUAACUUAAUCCAUUUUUUAAUUCAACAAGCAUCAUUAAAUAAUAAACCUAUUUCAUUUGGAAAAGGCAUGUUUGUUAUUUUUGAUUCAACAAAUCAAAUAUUUAAUCGAUUUAUGAAAUCAAAAAGUGAACAAAAAUCAGGUGAUGGAUCAAAACAUGUAGGUUAUUUUAAACGUCUUAAACAUAUGGGCGCACAAGCUCUGAAUGGAUUAUUCAAAAAAUCAAAAAAAUCAAAUAAUCAAUCUGAUCUUAUUGAAUCUGAUACAUUUAUUUAUGUUCGUGGUGAUGAAAGUUCACAUUAUCAUCAAGAGCGUGGUUCGAAAGACGAUCGUGCACGUAAUUACCCUGCCUAUGGAAUAGAUAUUCCUGGAGCUUGUAUGCCUAGUGGCUUCGGUCAUAUACUUUUUGGUGAACUUCCAGCAAUUCGCAAUGAUAGUAAAUAUAGUGGCGGACGAAUUUAUAUAAAACCGGAAUAUUUUGGUAUUCGUCAAUUGAAGCAUUUUAUUAAACAUACUCAAUCUUAUCUUACGCAUAUGUCAAGAAAAUACGUAUGUCAAUUAAAAGACAUGCAAACAAAACCUGGUUGUUCAAAAGAAGAUGCAUUUCGUGAGAAUACUGAUAAGAAAUUAUUAGAUAAAUGGAGAAAAGUUUUAGAGACUAUUCCAAAUAUAUGGAAUGUUGAUGAGCAAUAUAUGAAUGAUGCAGCAAAAUAUGGAGUUGGAGAAAUUUAUCGACAAGCUAAACAAUUAGAAGCAUCGGGUCAUCAAGAUAAAAUAAAAGAAUUUCUUGACACAAUUAUUAAUCAAUACGGAGAUGAUUUAAGUGUAAGAAAAGGACGAGAAAUUAUUUUUACAACGAAAGGACUACUAGAUAGUCCACUUACAUGUGAACUGUUCGGCAAAAUUAAAAAAUGCUGA